AUGACAGACGAGGCUGUCAACCCUCGCCGCCGACAAGAGCAACACUCCUCAGACUCACCAUCACGUGAACGGGAACGGCCCCGUCCUCCUGCCCUCAACACAAGCCACUCGGCCCUCCGUUCCGUAAACCGUCCGCCAAACGUCCGGCGAAUAUCCAACCGCGUGUCUAUCGCCGAGCCAGAACCCGAGCCUGAAAACACCACCACAUCCUCUAUUCCUCCAGACCCAGCCGCGAACAAUGACACCACAACCGAUGACACCAAACCCGAACCCAACCUCGCCGCAAACCCCAUAGCCCACACCGCCUCCACCCUCAAAAUCGCCCAAACGUUACACUCCUCCCUCUCCGCCCGGCUCCGCGUAACCACCACGCCCUGGGCAACCCGAAACAUCCUCACCCUCGACGGCGGCGGAAUCAAAGGCUACUCCUCCUUAAUCCUCCUGCGCAGCCUAAUGCGCGAAGUAGCCGCCAUCGAAACCUCGCUUUCUCCACCCGCGUUUUCCUCUGCCGACCCCACGGGUAACGACAACUAUUACUUCACCGAAUUUGAUGAAUAUCUCUAUGGCCCGGGCACGGAGAAUCCGGAGUCGGAGCUGGCUGUGAAGUUUCGCGAGGGGAGGAUAAAGGUUGGGGAUUUAAAGGUUGAGGUUCCCGAGGAGGUGUUGAGACGCGGGGAGUACCUCCCAGCUCACUAUUUCGAUUAUAUCGCUGGUACGAGCGUGGGCGGAUUGAUUGCGAUCAUGCUGGGGGGUUAUGGGUAG